AUGUUCUAUCGUCUUCCGCUCGUGUGCCUUUGUGUUGUUGGCGGCAUCAGCCCCGCAGCAGCAUCCGAGCUUUGCAAAACCUCCGCGCUGGUGCAGAAGGCCCUGCAUCGGGUACAUCGCGAAGCGGAUCGUCUCUCUGUGCAGGAGUGUCCACCUCUUGUGCAACCUGAGAGUGCUUGCACCGCAGCGGCAGAAGACAUCGGCUUCAUCAAUGCUACGGAAUCCGGCACUCCUGGCGCCUGCAUCCUGUGGCAGGAGUCAGGGAACAUCACCUUGCAAGACAUGGACGAGGCAUUCUCCGGGAUGGUAAUGGACUCCUUGGCCACAAGAUGCAAAAGCUGCCUUGAUCCCUCAACUUCCUGUGAGCAUGCGCCGGGCAUCUCUUGCUACCACGGUGUGGCCUCCGCAGAGGUCUCGUUUUAUGCCCAAUGUCACCAAAACUGCCCUGAGGUCGAGUCGUGGGCUUGUAGCAUCUUCUGGGACACACCUGACUCAGAGCUUGAGAACAGCACAGAAGCUCUUCUAACCCUCAGCCGAGAUGUCACUGUCCCAAAGUCAGCCGGCAGCUUGAGUUCUACGGACACAGCCGAAGGCAGAGAUGCCCUUGGAGGUGUGCUUUCUCAAGUUUCCUCCGUUCAGAACCGGUCUCUUCUAUCUUUCCGCGAUGGUCGCGCUCGCCGCUCCUCCCGCUGCUGGGGCAGCGUCGUGGAUUCAGCCAUUUGUGGCUUCAAGACCAUCGAGGACGGCGCGAUCUGUGGCUGGAACCAAGGCAAGAAGUGCAAGUAUGGCCGGCGCAGGAGGUGGAGCGGCUUUAAGGGAUGUGACUUCUGGAAAACCGCCAAGAACUGCAAGGUCGCGGCCAGCUGUGAUGUCUCGCUGGACGUGCCAAGCUGUUUGGGAGAUCUCUUUCAGGAGGUCAGCAACCCAUACAGGGAGUAUGCCGAGUACAUCUCUAACACCGGCUGCAGCAGCGUGUCCUCCUGCAAAAGCGCCGUGGAGGAUGGCCUCGCCGAUGUGUGGGAGCUCGUGUACAGCUCCACACAGUCGGGUAUUCUCAACCUGAUGAGAAGUGGCACGGAGCAAUUUGGUGAUGUGGCGCCUACUCUUGUCGCCAGGGCCAAGCAGAGUGCCGGCAGCCUCCUGGACGGCUUGGACACGGCGACCUCAGAGGUUCGGGAAUUCCUCAACGGCGUCUUCGGCAGCUUUCAGAAGCAUGACCUCGGGCAGGUCUGCACACCGACAGAUGUGGGUUUUUGGUAUUAUGUUCCAACGGACUGUGGCUUCUUCGAGAAGUUCGGGAACAUCUUCUCAAGCCCCUCUGCUGCAGACUCCAACUGGGGUGAUGCUGUGGACCGGCUCAGGGAGUGCACGAUGAAGACUGGCGCCUUCGCCUUUCCGACCCCCUUUCUCGACUUCCGCGUUCAGGAAUUCUGCCUUCCCACGGAGGUGCAGACCCCCAUCGAGUACAUCCUCGGGGUCUUCAAGUUUGGUGCCAACGGCGCGACCAGUCUCGUCAGCCACUUCGAAACCAUCGCCGCGAAGGUGCAAGGCUUGGUGAGCUCUGCCGGCUUGGACCUGAUGCAGAUCGGGCAGCAGAUGAAGAUUCGGAGGGACGCACAACGACAGCUCGCCCUUGCCCAGACCCGGGGAAAUGCCUCCUCUGGUGUCUGGCACCGCUGUGCUUGCGAAGGACGUUAUCACCCCACCAACCCCGACUGUGGGCUGGGGGGCACCUGCCAGUGCAAUGGACAGGUCCGGUACGGCUACGGCAACCAGUG